UCUUCACCAAUUGUUCUGUUAUUACUUAGGCAAAACCUAAACACAGAGAACAACCAUGACGGAAGCGGUGGCCGAUUCACGCAACAAUGCAUCGGUGCAAGCCACUAACGAUGACGCUUCAGCCAGUAAAUUGUCAUGUGUAAAAAAGGGAUACAUGAAAGAUGAUUAUAUUCAUUUAUUUGUGAGAAGGCCUCUGAGGAGAUCUCCAAUUAUUAAUCGUGGCUACUAUGCUCGUUGGGCUGCUUUUCGGAAACUUCUCUAUCAGUUUCUUGAUGUUGAUAAAAAGGCUGAUGGAGAUGCCCCAAUAAAGAAGCAGAUAUUAUCACUUGGAGCAGGCUUUGAUACAACAUAUUUUCAGUUGCAGGAUGAGGGGAAAGCGCCAUAUUUGUAUGUGGAAGUGGAUUUUAAGGAGGUAACUAGUAAAAAGGCAGCUCUUAUUGAGACUCACAGUCAAUUGAGGAAUAAACUUGGUGAAUUAGCAACCAUAUCAAGAGAGAAAGGAGAAGUUGUCAGUGCUCAUUAUAAACUAGUCCCUGCAGAUUUGCGUUAUGUACAACAAUUAAAUGAUAUUAUAUCUGUUGCUGGUAUGGAUCCAAGGUAUGUAUGGGGAGUCAGAUCUGUCUCUGCCUGUGUUCUGUCUGUCUGUUUCAAUUUCUCUCUCUCUCUCUCUUGUACAGAUGUAAGUUGUGAAAUUUGUUAUUAUUCCAAUGCAAUUGAUAAUUUAUUUGAAGAUAUCAGACCCUUCUAGGAAAAGAAUAAAAAACUCCUUAGAAUCUGAAAGUUUAAAUAAAUAAGGAUUACAAAGACUUAGCUGUACUGAUAUCUUAUCCUUUGCUUCUUCUGUACUUUUCUUUCUCGUCUCUAAUGAAUUUUGUCUCUUAUAUUGUUUUAAUAAAAGAUAAUGCUUCUGAUUUUAAUAUUUGGGCCACAGUAUUGUGGUUCAUUAACAGCUUAAAAUUAUACAACUUAAAAAAGUUCCUUAAUGCCUGUGCCAUUGAUAGAGUUAAUUUGUUUCUUAGAUAAAUUUCAGAGAGAAAAUGUUAAACUGGAAAUGAAGUUUUCAUUUUAUUCAACCCACUGAAAACAGAAUACAGAGGGAGCAUAGCUACCCUUAUUGGUACAGCUGUAAAAAGCUGAUUACAAAAAUAACAAACUAUGA